CAAAUGUUGAUCUUCAAGUGAGCAGUUAACUUAGUAACUAUCCCUUUUCAUUUUUUAGUUUUCUAUUUCAUUCUUUAUUUUGUUAACAAGGAGAAGAAACAUGGCAAUAGACUGACAUCUAUUAUAAUUAUACUCCUUUGUUUAAAAGUGUAGUUAAAAGUUCUGUUGACUUAUUAACUUCGGCACAAUAUAUAUAUACGUCGUUUUUCUUAUCAUUUUAUGACUCUAAUCUGAGUUGAAAGCUUCUAUAUUAUUAAAUGAAAGAAUGAGCUCUCAACUAUUUAGACUCAUAUACAGGGAUCGCAGAUCUUCUGAUUUUUUUGGAAAAGAAAAGAGCUACGAAAACUGUUGUUUUUUUUUGAGAAAAUGUCAUUUUUAUAAAACCACACGGAUUUUUCUUAUAGAGAUUUGAGAAAAAUACCAGAGAGCGCGCGCCAAAGGGCUAACAUUUUUCUUCUGAAGUGGACGUUUUUUCACUACAAUUACCAUCUUCAACAUACAUUGGGAGAAGGUGGUUUAAAGAAUGAUUCUUGAUAUCUUAUGUUUUACUUAGAUCCAUUUGCUCAAGUUUGUUUUGUUAGUCAAAGUCAACAAACAGAAGUAAUAGAAAAGACAUUAUGUCCAACUUGGGAUCAGACAUUAAUUUUUACAAAUAUUGAUAUAUUUGGAGAACCAGAAGAAAUACAAAUGGAUCCACCCAGUGUUAUUGUUGAAAUAUUUGAUAAAGAUCAAUUCGGUAUACCCGAUUUUCUUGGUCGUGCCGAAUGUACACCAAUUGUUCGUUUAACACCUGAUGAUAAUAAACCACCAAUAACAAGAUUAAAAUGGCACAAAGUUAUACUUGGGAAUGAUAACGAAGAUGCUGGUGAACUACUGGCUGCAUUUGAAUUAUUCUUGCUUCCAACACAAUCAAGUGGGGUAAAAAUGCCACCGGAUCCGCCAAGACGUGGUUCGUUGUUUAUUGUCCCAGCAGCAAUUCGUCCGCUGUUAGUACGAACUGGUAUCGAAAUUUUAUCUUGGGGUGUUCGAAAUAUGAAAACAUAUAUGUUAUCGGACGUGGAGAAUCCACAAGUUGUAUUUGAAGUAGGUGGUAGAGAAAUUGAAUCAUCAAUUGUCAGAAAUUCUAAACAGGCCCCAAAUUUUGAUAACCCGUUAUUAUUUAUUGACGCUAUGUUACCGAAAGAAGACAUAUAUGCACCACCAAUGAACAUUAAAGUCAGAGAUCAUCGUUCGUUUGGACGUACUCCAGUUGUUGGCAUACAUGUAAUCAAAUCAUUACAGAAAUUUCGUAUUGAUCCAACAGCACCAGCAUUGACUAUAAUGGAAACGACGCUCGAACCUAAAAAAGAGGCCCAUCUAACUUCUCCGGGUGAUUUUGUUCUUAAUCUUGAGAAAAAAACAAAAAAGAAACUUAAAGACAAAUCGUGCAGUACUCUAAUCCCCGCCAUCUAUCCAAACAUACAUACCGAUAUUGUUUCAUGA